CAUGAAUGUAUACCAAUACUAAUACUACUACUAAUAAUAAUCUAUAAUUUGAAUGACAAUGACCUAUUAACCAAAUUUCAAAUACUCAUUAAUCCAAAAUAUUACCAAUUUUUUAUUGUUAUUACUACAUAAUCUAUAUAAGUAGAGUCUAAUCUCUAUUUAGAAUAUACACUCAUCAACCACUAAAUCAAUCUUCUCUUCACGCGCCAACCAUGGCAAGAAGGAAAAUAAGGUUGACAUAUAUCGCCAAUGAAUCCCAAAGAAAAGCUUCAUACAAGAAAAGAAAGAAAGGAUUGUUGAAGAAGCUUGAAGAGCUAACGAUCCUGUGCAGCGUAGAGGCAUGCACAAUCAUGUACAGUUCAUUGGAACAAGAGCCAAUGGUGUGGCCGUCGGCGGAAGGCGUACAACACACGGUGGCUAGGUUCAGGAGCCUUCCAGAUGUGGAGCAAACCAGAAGGAGCUCAAGCCAGGAGAGCUUUAUUCAUGAGAGGAUUCAAAAGCUCAACACUACCAUACUCAAGUUGAAGAAGGAAAACCGUGAGAAGGAAAUGACAACGCUUAUGUACAAAAUCCUCGCCAGGGAACAAAUUGAUAGGCCGUUGGAUGUUGCUGAUUUGAAUGACUUGGGUUGGGUCAUUAACUUGCAUCUGGCAGAAAUUAAUAAGAGGAUCGAGACCUUAAAGAUGAAUAACACAAAUGACGUUCAAGCCUCAACCCCAACUGGGCCUGAUGUUCGAGAAGCAAUGACGACUUCAAGCAUGGUCAACUACAACCAAAUUCCUGAAAACAUGUUGAACAAUGUUGUCAUCUCGAAUCCUAUGCUUGCGAUGAACAAUAAUAUUGUCGAGCCGCCGCCUGAUGUGGCGGGGUUGGAUUACGAGGGUUGGACUCACUAUAUGAACAUGAUGAAUAGAAAAGCCAACAAGCAAAACGAUCCAACUCAAGCGGGCCCUAGUAGCUCAAAGAAUUGAAACUAUUUCAUUCCUUGGCUAUUUCACAUGUUUUUGUCGCCUUAUCGAUAUUACUUAUAACGUUCUUUCUUAGUUGUUUCAUUGAAUGUUGAUGAAUUGGGUAGUUAGGCACUACAUUCAACGUCAUCUAAAU